AUGAAGCUCAACCAACAACCAGCUAUCCGUACGGUCAGUUUCGAUAGAAUGGAACCCGACGACGAUACCAACGUUCCGGUACCCAUGGAAACGAUGGAGAUCAAACAUCCUUCCAAAGAAGACAAACUCCCUUGUGGCUCCUUUGGCAUGAUGUCCUUAGCGAUGCGCGUUCCGACCAAGCUCGACUAUCACCCCCGUUCACGUUUGGUACACGGGAUACUCCGCUACCGAGCAGCGGCUUCCUUCGUUCAAUUUCCAUUGUCCCGAGGUGCGUCGACGAACUCGACGGAUCGUGCCGCUGCCUCUUCCGCCCAGCUCGAGUACGCCGUACAGCAUGCCGACGGUACGGAAACCACCGUGUUGCGGGCCGUCCAGCGUGGCCACACUCGCUGCUACGAUAUUUACGACGCAACGUCAAAAACAACUUCACCGAUUGCCGUCUUGCAAAAGUCGUGGACGAACGCAUCCUCGAUUGCGUACGCCUUGUCUCUCGUUUCGAACGAUGUGGAUGACGAAAUUCCUUGCAGCAACGACAAUCAUUUGUUCACGGUUGCGUGUAUCGUCUACACCAUUCCUUCGUUGCUCUCCGCCCUUGUCGACGCACCGGCUCGUCAAGCCGAAAUGGUGUUGCGGACCGAAACGGCCAUCUCCCACGAGCUUAAUCACCAGGAAAACGAUGCUCUGCUCCAAUGCUGUCAAAAGGAGUGGCAAAGUAGCCGGACUUUGCAACGUCUUGUCAGGGGUGAGAACAACAGCUUGGUGGCUUUGCAGCAUAAAGAUGCCUACGACAAGGGCGAAGGUCGCUAUGGACUCAACUUUUGCGGACGUGGCAAGGAAACGUCCCGAAAGAAUAUGCAACUCACGGACGCCAAGGGCCGGGUCGUUGCGCAGAUUGCGAAACUCGAACGUCACGUCUAUCACGUGGACCAUCGGGCACCCCUUUCACCUCUUCAGGCCAUGGGAUUCGCCAUUGCCCAAUGCGAUCUUUAA